AUGGAGGUCGCCUCAUCAGGCGUGCCCAAUGGCGUUCCAACAACAGAGAACGCAGCCCUGGUAGAUUCCGGCGCGAUCAUUCAGUACUUGACCGAAGUGCUCCAGGUGACACUGGGAGCCCAGAGGUCCGAGCUGGAGAGCGCUGGGAAUUUGCUUUCAGAAUCAAAGUACAAUGAGACCCUGCAGCGGUGUACGCGAUUUGCCUCGGAAUUGCAAGUCGUACUCUAUGUACAGAAAGACAUCGUGACAGCAGAUGAUACCAACGGCGAGACAGAAGACCAAGGUAGGAUUACCAAGUGCUCAAGGAUGGAUAAAUAUGAUGCUGACUAUCGCGGUGAAGAUACAGCUGUACAAUAUGCCUACAACCUUGCCUCUGAUAUUUCGUCCGCUUCCACAACCGUGGCCUCCGUGGCCAUCAUCAAACGGCCCGUUCCUAUCGACAUGAGUCUGCCCAUAGCAUCGCAAGUCCAAAUCAUGAACCUUCCUGGGCCCGCUUCUCUCACCAAUGCGCCGGCCCAGCAGGGGAAUUCCAUGUCGCCCUACCAGAUCUUACAUUUGAUGAUACACCAUGGUCUCAGUCCUUACUUCGAAUCCUAUUCUCGCAGCCAAGAGACAGCGGUCGGCACGAAAUCAAAAACGGAUACGGAGGCGAAGACUGGUAUUCCGGGGACCAGGAAGAGAAUCGCGGACCUGGAGCUUGGUUUGCAGCAUCUCCAGCAGAAUGUGGAGAUCCCAGCCCUGAACUUGCCACUUCAUGAAGUGGUGCAGGCUGCUCUGAACGAGGCGGAAGCGCGUGGUAUCAAACCAUCUGUCGAGCUGAUUCCAUCGGCGGUGCUGGAGAGCAGUGCUUUUACGAACAGCAUUCAGAGUGUCGUGAACGGCUGGAUCAGAUCCAUCCAGACGAUUACCAAGAUGUCCCGUGAUCCGGACAGUGAAUCUGCCUCCCCGGAGGUCAAUUUCUGGCUGUCUCUUGAGGCUGCCCUGGAAGGAAUCGAUGCCCAGCUGGAAAGCGAGGGUGUUCGGUUGACUAUGGACAUUCUCCGCCAUGCGAAACGAUACCAGCCGACACUCAGUUUCGUGGCCGACACUGGGCUGAAAGAAGCCACCGAUUUGGUCCAGAAAUACAACCAGUUGAUGCGAGACUUCCCCCUUGAUGAACUUCUGUCUGCAACCUCCCUCCAGAAGGUCCAGGAAUCACUUAACUUGAUUUUCACUCACCUGAACAAGAAGUUGAAGAUUUGUCCCUACCCCAUUAAGCGCGCGCUGUCACUUGUCGAAGCCAUCUCAGGCGACUUGGACAAGAAAAUCCAUGAACUUAUCACUGGACGUACCAUCUUGCAUCUAGAUUACCGUGAGUUCCGGUCAUUGAUGAAGACGACGCAAGCUAUUUGGCGCACAUGGGACGAAAACUUGAAGGAAUUCACAAAUGUUGCGCGUGAAUCUACGAGGCGUCGUAACGAAAAGUUCAUCCCAAUCAAGAUCAAUGCGAGACACGACAAAACCCGCGAGCGGGUAAAGUAUGUGGACACUUUCAGGAUCAAUCAUGAGCAGCUCCAGAAGACAAUCAUCAACGUUCUCGGACCCAAUAGCUCUUCAUCAGCUGAGGGAGGAGCCGGGGUCGAUGCCGACGGCGCUGUGAUCGUUGAGGAAAUUGGCGAUGUCGAUGCCGUGGAGGAAGUUGCGCUUGCCUAUGCUGCUCUCAAGGAUGUGGACGUGCUGGAUGUUUCACCCGAAGGAUCUCUUACCUGGGAGCAGGCCGAACUCGCCUACAGUGAACGUACUUCCCGUGUUGAGAAUUCUAUCAUUGCUCGUUUGCGUGACCGUCUAGCGACUGCCAAGAAUGCCAAUGAGAUGUUUCGUGUAUUCUCGAAGUUCAAUGCCCUUCUGGUCCGUCCUAAGAUUCGCGGUGCAAUUGGCGAGUACCAAACGCAACUCAUUGAUAAUGUCAAGCGCGACAUCAGCGCCUUGCACGAGCGCUUCAAGCAACAGUACGGUAAUUCGGAAGCUCAUGCCAUGGCCCAAUUACGCGAUUUGCCGCCUGUUUCAGGUGCUAUCAUCUGGACUCGCCAGAUCGAGCACCAGCUUGAUGGCUACAUGCGCAAGGUCGAAAAUGUGCUCGGUGAAAAUUGGCAUCUGCAUGCCGAGGGCCAGAAGUUACAGAAUGAGGGCAACUUGUUCCGCAAAAAGCUCGACACCCGGCCUGUCUUCGAGUCAUGGCUCUGGGAUGUUCAGCGCCGCCAUUUCACAAUCGCUGGACGCCUGUUUAAUGUUGUGCGCAACCGAUCGGCUGGAAACAUCUUAGAACUAGCAGUCAACUUCGACCCCCAGAUCAUUGCUCUCUUCAAGGAGGUCCGAAACCUCAUCUGGCUCAAUUUCCAGGUUCCUCAUGCUGUCAGCAAUAUCUCUAAAGAGGCAAAGCGCGUUUACCCUUACGCAAUCAGUCUGAUGGAGAGUGUUCGCACGCUGCUGCAGACGAACCGAGCGAUCGCAUCGAUGACCGGUGUCAACAUGUUGCUCAACGGAUACAUGAACGAUGUGCAGACUAUGGUUGCGAAGGGCAUUCCUCUCCGCUGGGAGUCCUUUGUUCAUUCUUACGAGUUACACGUCAAGCAAUCAGCAUUGGCAAAUGGCGCAAUUGAUGCAUCCUUGCCUGGUCGAUCCGAAAGCAAGCACGUUCAAUUUGUCCGCGAGUUUGCGAUCGCAGCAUCCACACUUCAGACGAAAGCCAAUGUCCUUGAUACCAUUAACGAGAACAUCCAGAAAUCCAUCCAUGAACUCAAGACUUGCCCAUAUGAUUCAUCCGCCUUCAAACAACGGCUGGACAGCAUUCAAGUCGCCGUUGAUAAACUCAACCUGGAGAACUACGUGAAUCUUGGAUAUUGGGUUGCCGAGCUCAACCGAAGCAUCGAGGCCAUUCUGCGUGAUCGACUUCUCCGCGCUGUGCGCGAGUGGAUCAGCAUCUUCCAAGGUACCACGAACGAGAACUCGACUACUUCUUAUCAUGACCUUGCGGCCGAAACGGAUGCCUCGAAUUACAAGAUUCAGUUCCCAGAGCUAUUCCACGAGAUCUUGAUGAAAAAUCAAGUUCUCCACCUGGACCCUCCCCUGCAAUACGCUCGGGCGAGUUGGUUCUCCCACUUCGACACAUGGCUUGGUGUGAUCUGCAAUUUGGAAAAGAUCAAGCCUUCACGUUACCAGAUCUCCAUUGGUGUGCAGAAUGUCCGUCAAAAUGAAGUCUGCUUCUCCGACCUCCCGCAAACUUGCACCGAUGAGCUCAACAAUGUCUAUAACGUUGUCGAAAGCAGACUGAAUGAUGUUUCGGAGUAUGUCGAUAAGUGGCUUCAAUUCCAAUCGCUUUGGGAUCUUCGCUCUGAGCAGGUUUAUGAGAUCUUGGGCGAUGAUCUGUCUCAGUGGCUCCAGCUUCUCCAGGAAAUCAGAAAGAGCCGGGCCACAUUCGAUACUUCUGAGGUCAGCCGGGCCUUUGGUAACAUCAGAAUUGAUUAUGAACAAGUUCAAACCAAGGUGAACGCCAAGUACGAUCAGUGGCAACAUGAGAUCCUUGUGAAAUUCGGUUCCAAACUUGGCAGCCGUAUGCGAGAGGUUCAUUCUGAGAUCGCUGCUGCUCGCCGCGACUUGGAAGGGCAGACCCUGGAAGCCUCUUCAACGGCACACGCGGUGUCUUUCAUUACCAUUGUUCAGCAGUGCAAGCGGAAGACUCGGGUCUGGGAGCCUGAGGUGGAUAUUUUCCGCCAAGGUCAAACCACACUUGCUCGCCAACGUUAUCAGUUCCCAUAUGACUGGCUUCAUGUUGAGAACGUUGACGGUGAAUGGGCAGCUCUCAAUGAGUUGCUCAGCCGUAAGAGCAAGAUCGUCAACGAACAGACUGAGGGCCUCCGUGCAAAGAUUAGCGCUGAAGACCACGUCAUUGCCGGCAAGAUUGCUGAAGUUAUUAGCCAGUGGAAUGACGAGAAGCCCGUGUCUGGCACUAUCCCGCCCGAGGAAGCAUCCCGUACCCUGAGCUCUUUCCAGUCUCGCCUCGAGUCUCUCCAAUCCGAGUUUGAGAUGGUGUCCAAGGCCAAGGAAGCUCUCGAUCUUCCUCCGAGCUCCGAGUCAUCACUCCCUCCAAUUCUCGAGGAGGUUCAGGACUUCAUGUCUGUCUGGGCUGCUUUGGCCACUAUCUGGAAUAGUCUCAAUGACCUCCGCGACGGGCUGUGGACCAGCGUCCAACCUCGAAAGCUCCGACAAUCUCUCGAUAACUUGAUCAAGAUGACCAAGGAGAUGCCAAGCCGCAUGAGACAGUAUGCUGCUUUCGAACACAUCCAGAAUGUUCUUCGCCAGCUUCUGAAGGUCAACUCCUUGCUCUCUGACAUGAAAUCGGAAGCCGUCAAGGAAAGACACUGGCACAAGAUCUACAAGAGUCUCAAGCCCGAUAAGCGUUUUUCGCUUGUCUCUCUAACUCUUGGAGAUGUUUGGGAUUUACAACUUACAUCAAGUGAUUCUAUUAUCCGUGGUAUCAUUGCACAGGCCCAAGGUGAGAUGGCAUUGGAGGAAUUCUUGAAGUCUGUUCGCGAAACUUGGCAGAACUACUCCUUGGACCUGGUGCACUACCAGAACAAAUGCCGUCUCAUCAAGGGCUUCGAUGAUCUGUUUGCCAAGUGCAGCGAGAAUCUGAACUCCCUCCAAGCCAUGAGACAUUCCCCUUACUAUAAAGAGUUCGAAGAAGAAGCCACUUCUUGGGAAGACAAACUGAACCGAGUCCAUGUUCUAUUCGACGUCUGGAUUGAUGUCCAGCGACAGUGGGUUUACUUGGAAGGCGUCUUUACUGGCAAUGCUGAUAUCAAGCACCUUCUUCCUUUGGAAUCCGGCCGUUUCCAGAAUAUCAAUUCCGAAUUCUUCGCUGUCAUGAAGAAGGUGUAUAAAUCUCCAUUUGUCUUGGAUAUUCUCGCUAUCGUCGACGUUCAGAAGUCCCUGGAGCGAUUGGCCGAUUUGCUCAACAAGAUCCAGAAAGCACUCGGUGAAUACUUGGAGCGCGAGCGUGUCUCCUUCCCUCGCUUCUACUUCGUUGGUGAUGAGGACUUGUUGGAGAUCAUCGGUAACAGCAAUGACAUCUUCCGUGUGGCCAAACAUUUCAAGAAGAUGUUCGCCGGAAUGUCAGGCCUUGUCAUGGACGAUGAUAAUAACAUCGUUGCUUUCACCUCAAAGGAGGGCGAAGAAGUUCGCUUGAAACACCAAAUCAACAUCGUCAAGGUUCCCCGCAUCAAUGACUGGCUUACGAUGCUAGAGACCAACAUGAAGAUCACUUUGGCGGAGCUUCUGGGCGAGGCCUCUGAACAAUUCGAGACUCUUUAUAGUAGCGAUGAUGUAGAUCCGACUGGCUUUAACAAUUUCCUGGCCAACUACCCUGCGCAAAUUGUGGUUCUUGCUAGUCAAGUUACUUGGACCCACGCUGUGCAACGGUCUUUGGAAGAAGGAGGAUCAAGCCUCCCUACUUUGCACCGUGCCGAGGUUCGAAUCCUCGAAUUGCUGGCUGCCACGGUGCUUGGUGAACUUGACCCGAUCACCCGCAAAAAGUGUGAGCAUAUGAUCACGGAAUUCGUGCAUCAGCGCGACUGCAUCGCCAAGCUCAUCAGUCUCAAUGCUACAUCGGCCACACACUACCAUUGGCUUCUUCAGAUGCGUUAUGUCUACAAGAAUGACGGUGAUUACUUGGAGCGUCUGUAUGUUCACAUGGCCAAUGCCAAGCUCAAUUACGGAUUUGAGUACCUAGGUGUGCCUGAGCGUCUUGUCCGUACGCCUCUCACAGAUCGCUGUUUCCUCACCCUCACCCAAGCUCUCUGUCAACGACUCGGUGGCUCGCCCUAUGGUCCUGCCGGUACUGGAAAAACCGAGUCAGUCAAAGCAUUGGGUCUGCAACUUGGCCGUUUCACCCUUGUCUUCUGUUGUGAUGACACCUUCGAUUUCCAAGCCAUGGGCCGUAUUUUCCUCGGUAUCUGUCAAGUGGGUGCGUGGGGUUGUUUCGACGAGUUCAACCGUUUGGAAGAACGCAUUCUGUCCGCUGUCUCCCAGCAAAUUCAGAACAUCCAGAUUGGUUUGAAAACGGGUGGGGAUGGCGAGAAGUCCCAGAUUGAACUUGUUGGAAGACGACUUGCAGUCAAUUCCAACACCGGUAUCUUCAUCACCAUGAAUCCGGGUUAUGCUGGUCGAUCCAACUUGCCAGACAACUUGAAGAAGCUGUUCCGCAGUGUCGCCAUGUCCAAGCCCGACAAGGAACUCAUUGCGGAAGUAAUGCUUUUCUCCCAAGGUUUCAAGCAAGCCAAGCCUCUCUCCAAGCAAACUGUUCCCUUCUUCGACCACUGCGCAUCCCAACUCACCAAGCAAGCUCACUACGACUUUGGCCUUCGUGCAUUGAAGAGUGUUCUCGUGAGCUCAGGUGGCCUCAAGCGUACUCGUCUUGCCAAUGCAGGUGGAGAGCUAGGCCCUGAUGAGAUUAUUGAACCUCAAAUUAUCGUGCAAAGUCUUCGGGAGACGAUCGCCCCCAAACUUGUCCAGGAAGAUGUGGAAAAGAUGCUGGAAAUCCAAGUGCAAGACUUCCCUGGCGUGGAUUAUGUGCCUGCCAACUUCGAGGAACUCACCCAGGCGAUACGCGAUAUUGCCACUAAUGAGCAACAUUUGGUCGACAGCGAGAUGUGGAUCAACAAGGCGCUGCAACUCUACCAGAUCCAAACCAUUCACCACGGUGUCAUGAUGGUUGGUAAAUCAGGAGCUGGUAAAUCCACAGCUUGGAAAAUUCUGCUACAAGCGAUGCAACGUAUUGAGGGCGUCGAGGGCGUCUCCCACAUCAUUGACUCCAAGGUCAUGUCUAAGGAGGCUCUCUAUGGUAACCUUGACAGCACCACCCGUGAAUGGACAGACGGUCUCUUCACUGGAAUCCUAAGAAAGAUCGUCGACAAUCUCCGAGGCGAGGAUAGCAAACGUCACUGGAUCGUUUUCGAUGGUGAUGUUGAUCCGGAGUGGGUCGAGAAUUUGAACAGUGUUCUGGACGACAACAAACUCCUCACUCUUCCAAACGGAGAGCGUCUCAAUCUGCCUCCCAAUGUUCGCAUUAUGUUCGAAGUGGAAAGCUUGAAAUAUGCUACACUUGCCACUGUCAGUCGUUGCGGUAUGGUGUGGUUCAAUGCCGACACAGUCACUCCGACCAUGAUGAUUUCCAAUUACGUCGAAAGUCUCCGGACAAAGACAUUCGAGGACCUCGAUGAAGACAGCGCACCUGCGGGUGCAGCGGCAGUCCGGACCCAGGAUGCCCAGGUCACUGUUGCAACCAUUCUCAAACAAUUCCUGGAGGUUGAUGACUUGGUUCUCAAGGCUCUGGAGGAAGCAAAGAAAUACAACCACAUUAUGGAGUUUACGGACAUUCGCGCUCUCAAUACUCUUUUCAGCUUGCUGAACAAAGCUUGCCGGAAUGUUCUCGAGUACAAUGCUCAGCAUCCAGAUUUCCCUCUUGAUCCUGAACAGAUCGAGUCCUAUAUGUCCAAGAAGCUUCUUCUGACCCUGGUCUGGUCUCUGACCGGUGACUGUCCCCUUGCUGACCGCAAGAGAUUUGGGAAAUUCAUCACUGGAAUGUCUACUAUUGAUCUGCCGCCGGAUGGCGAUUCAUCUCUUAUUGACUACGAUGUCUCUCUUCCCAAGUGCGAAUGGAACAGCUGGCAGUCACAGGUGCCCACGAUUGAUAUCAACACACAUUCCGUCACUCAAACCGAUGUCAUCAUCCCCACGGUGGACACUGUCCGUCAUGAGGAUGUGCUUUACUCGUGGCUUGCUGAGCACAAGCCUUUGCUGCUUUGCGGUCCUCCUGGAUCCGGAAAGACUAUGACACUGUUCGCCGCGCUUAGAAAGCUUCCAAACAUGGAAGUUGUGGGUCUCAACUUCUCAAGCGCUACCACACCUGAUCUCUUGAUCAAGACAUUUGAGCAAUACUGUGAAUACAAGAAAACUCUCAACGGUGUGGUGAUGUCUCCAAACCAGAUUGGUCGCUGGCUUGUCAUCUUCUGUGACGAGAUAAACCUUCCCGCCCCUGAUCGUUACGGUACCCAACGCGCCAUUUCCUUCCUGCGCCAGCUUGUGGAGCAGAAUGGCUUCUGGAGGACUACUGACAAGACCUGGGUUACUCUUGACCGCAUUCAAUUUGUUGGUGCUUGUAACCCCCCAACGGAUGCCGGCCGUACGCCAAUGGCAGAGAGAUUCCUUCGUCAUGCGCCUCUUAUUAUGGUCGACUACCCCGGCGAAAUCUCCCUCAACCAGAUUUAUGGCACAUUCAACUCUGCUGUGCUUAAAAUCCUCCCAUUGCUGCGUGGAUAUUCCGAGGCCCUCACUAGGGCUAUGGUCCAGUUCUAUCUUGAAUCUCAGGCCAGAUUCACGCCUCAGAUUCAGCCACACUACGUUUACUCGCCUCGUGAGCUCACAAGAUGGGUUCGUGGUCUUUAUGAGGCAAUCAAGCCUCUGGAGACUCUUACUGUUGAGGGUCUGGUCCGGAUUUGGGCACAUGAAGCCUUGCGUCUAUUCCAGGACAGACUUGUGGAUGAAGAAGAGAGAGCUUGGACAGCCGACGCCAUUCGCCGGAUUGCAUUGGAGCACUUCCCUACAAUUGAUGACAAAGAGGCACUCAAGGGUCCAAUCCUGUUCUCCAACUGGCUGUCUAAGAACUACAUCCCUGUCGAACAGGAGAGCCUCCGUGAAUUCGUGAAGGCACGUUUGAGAACCUUCUGUGAAGAAGAGGUGGAUGUUCCGCUUGUUCUGUUCAACGAUGUUCUUGAACAUGCGCUGCGCAUUGACCGAGUCUUCCGCCAGCCUCAAGGUCAUCUUAUCUUGAUCGGUGUGAGCGGAAGUGGAAAGACAACUUUAUCUCGCUUCGUCGCCUGGAUGAACGGUCUGAAGGUCUUCCAAAUCAAGGUACACGGAAAAUAUUCCUCGGAAGACUUCGACGAUGAUCUUCGUAGCGUUCUCCGCCGGGCAGGAUGCAAGGGUGAAAAGAUCUGCUUCAUCAUGGACGAAGCAAACGUCCUUGAUUCUGGCUUCCUGGAACGCAUGAACACUUUGCUUGCAAACGCAGAAGUCCCUGGUCUCUUCGAGGGUGAUGAAUUCUCGUCACUGAUGACUGCCUGCAAGGAGGGUGCUCAGCGUCAAGGCCUGCUCCUCGAUUCGCAAGAGGAGCUGUACAAGUGGUUCACUCAGCAGAUUGUCAAAAAUCUUCACGUUGUGUUCACCAUGAACCCUCCGGAGGAGGGCUUGUCUUCAAAGGCAGCGACUAGUCCCGCUUUGUUCAAUCGUUGUGUACUGAACUGGAUGGGUGACUGGUCUGACCAAGCCCUGUUCCAGGUUGGCUCCGAACUCACUCAAUCGGCCGACCUGGACAAGCCCAACUUCGUCUCGCCUGAUAGCAUUCCAGUGGCAUACCGCGAUCUCGUCCUUCCAGCAUCACACAGAGAUACUGUCAUCAACUCUAUGGUGUAUAUUCAUCACUCUUUGCACCGCUUCAAUGGUCGACUCCAGAAGCAACAGGGCCGGGCGACUUUCCUCACCCCUCGCCAUUACCUCGACUUUGUUGCACAGUACGUUAAACUGUUUACCGAGAAGCGCGAGGAUCUCGAGGAACAACAACGUCACUUGAAUAUUGGUCUAGAGAAGCUCCACGACACCGUCGACAAAGUGAGCGAUCUUCGUGCCAGCUUGGCACAGAAGAAGAUGCAACUGGAGAAGAAGGACACGGAGGCAAACGAAAAGUUGCAGCGCAUGGUUGCCGAUCAGCAGGAGGCAGAACAGCGGAAGCACGUUUCCUUGGAAGUGCAAGCCGCGCUGGAAAUUCAAGAGAGGGAUGUGGCAACUCGAAGGGAAGUCGUCUUGCACGAUCUGGCCCAAGCCGAACCUGCUGUUAUUGAAGCCCAGAAGAGUGUUAGCAACAUCAAGCGUCAACACCUUACUGAAGUUCGAUCCAUGGGUAACCCCCCAGCCAGCGUGCGACUUGCCCUGGAGGCCGUGUGUACACUUCUCGGUCACACUGUCGACAGCUGGAAGACGAUUCAAGGUCUUAUUCGUCGCGACGACUUCAUUGCCAGUAUCGUCAAUUAUGACAACGAGCGCCAGAUGACGCGCAGACACCGUACCAAGAUGCAGAAUGAGUUCCUUUCCAAGGAGGACUUCACAUAUGAGCGAGUCAAUCGCGCCAGUAAGGCCUGUGGUCCUUUGGUGCAAUGGGUUGAAGCUCAAGUUAACUAUUCUGCUAUCCUUGAUCGCGUUGGCCCUCUGCGUGAUGAGGUCGACCAACUCGAAGAGCAGGCCUUGCAAACUAAAGCUGAAGCCCAAGCUAUCGAGAACACCAUCAACGAUCUUGAAAGCAGUAUCGCUACUUACAAGGCCGAGUACGCUGCCCUGAUUAGUGAGACACAGGCGAUCAAGACCGAGAUGACCCGAGUCCAGUUUAAGGUCGACCGCAGUGUUCGUUUGCUCGAUAGUUUGUCCUCCGAGCGUGGCCGCUGGGAAGAUGGUAGCAAGUCCUUCGAAACCCAGAUCAGCACUCUCGUCGGCGAUGUGCUCAUUGCCGCUGCAUUCCUUGCAUACGCUGGUCUGUACGACCAGCAGUUCCGUAAGGCAAUGGUCGAGGACUGGGUUCACCAACUGUCGGCCUCUGGCAUCAGCUUCAAACCUCACAACCCCAUUACAGAAUACUUGUCAAAUGCCGAUGAGCGCCUGUCAUGGCAGAGCAAUUCCCUUCCCGUUGACGACCUUUGCACCGAAAACGCCAUCAUUCUGAAGAGAUUCAACAGAUACCCACUUAUUGUUGAUCCAUCUGGCCGCAUCACUGAGUUCUUACAGAAGGAAAGCAAAGAUCGUAAGCUUACCGUCACAAGCUUCCUGGAUGACUCCUUUGUCAAGCAAUUGGAAAGUGCAUUGCGUUUCGGAAACCCCAUCCUUAUCCAGGAUGCCGAGCACCUGGAUCCCAUCCUCAACCACGUCCUCAACAAGGAGUACCAAAAGACCGGCGGUCGUGUCCUCAUUCAACUGGGCAAGCAAGAAAUUGAUUUCUCGCCAUCCUUCAAGCUCUUCCUCUCGACCCGGGAUCCGUCUGCCUCAUUCCCGCCGGAUAUUUGCAGUCGUACCACAUUUGUCAACUUCACUGUGACCCAGAGCAGCUUACAGACACAGUCGCUGAAUGAUGUUCUGAAGUUCGAGCGACCUGAUGUCGAUGAACGUCGCAACAAUCUCGUCAAGAUGCAAGGAGAGUUCAAGGUCCACCUCCGACAACUUGAGAAGCGCCUUCUGCAAGCUCUCAACGAGUCUCGAGGUAACAUUCUUGAUGAUGACAACGUCAUUGAAACACUCGAGACACUCAAGAAAGAGGCUGCCGAUAUCUCGCUCAAGAUGGAUCAGACAGAAGGCGUUAUGCUUGAGGUGGAGAACGUCACGCAGAACUACAGUAUCAUUGCCCGAUCAUGCAGUGCCGUCUUUGCCGUUCUGGAACAGCUUCACCACAUCAACCACUUCUACCAGUUCUCGUUGCAGUACUUUGUCGACAUCUUCAACUCGGUCCUGUACGAGAACAAGCGCCUUGCUCAAGAGAAAGAUCACUUCGCCCGUGUGCAGAUUAUCCUCAGGGAUUUGUUUAUUAACACCUACAAGCGUACCUCGCUGGGUCUUGUCCAAAAGGACCGCAUUACGCUUGCCAUCCUGCUUGCUCAGGCUACUCCCUUCCCCAUGGAUAGAACCAUCCUCGACCGUGUCCUUGACGAGACAGUGGAAGACGCAGACCUUUCUACCGCCGUGGACGGCCGCGAUCAAGUGUUAGGCAAGCUGGCCAACAUGUCCAUCUUCAAAGAGCAUGUUCCGAACGUCACCCAGGAGCAAUGGGACAUCUUCUUCAGCGAGGAGCUCGCAGAGAAUGUCGUCCCGGCCAUGUGGGACGAGAGUGUCCCACAACUCGACCAGCUCCUUCGGUCCUUGCUUCUUGUCAAGAUCUGCCGCAUGGACCGAUUCGUUCCAGCCGCCGAGCGUUUCAUCGAGGCUGUAUUCGGCCGCGAAGUCUUCGAGGGCGGCGCCGAUCUAAAAGAUGUCGUCGAUCAAGUCACUGCCACCCGACCCAUCGCCCUCAGCUCCAGCCCCGGCUUCGACGCCAGUUACAAGGUCGACGCUCUGGUGGAAGCCACACGCGCCACCUGCGCCAACAUCGCCAUGGGUUCCAACGAGGGUCUCGAGAGCGCCGACAAGGCCAUCAGCAACGCAGCCGCAGUCGGAAACUGGGUGCUGGUCAAGAACGUCCAUCUGGCGCCUGCUUGGCUGCAGAGUCUCGAAAAGAGACUGGAUUCACUCAAGCCACACAAGGAAUUCCGCCUUUUCCUGUCCAUGGAAUCCAGCCCCAAGAUCCCCGUCAAUCUCAUCCGCGCCUCGCGUGUGCUGAUGUACGAACAGCCUGCCGGUGUGCGCGCCAACAUGAAGGAUUCCAUCUCCUCGCUGAAUACCAGGGCAAUCAAAGCCCCCGUCGAAAAAGCCCGUGUCUACCUCCUCCUCUGCUUCCUGCACGCCGUCGUCCAAGAGCGACUCCGCUACGCGCCUAGCCUUGGCUGGAAGGGCUUCUGGGAGUUCAACGAUAGCGACUACGAAUGUUCAGCCUUCAUCAUCGACUACUGGGUCGACUCAGUCUCACAAGGCCGAUCAAACGUCGCCCCACAGAAAAUCCCCUGGGAAAUGAUCCGCACUCUUAUCGCCGAGAUGUACGGCGGCAAAAUCGACGACGCCGGUGACUACGCCCAGCUCGAGACCUUGGUCAACUCCUUCCUUACACCGGCCGCUUUCGAGGACGGUUACAAGCUUGUCUCUGGUGUCGAGGACGAUAGCCUACUCACCCUGCCGGAUACCACUAGCAUGCGUGACUUCGUUGCUUGGGUUAAUAACUUGCCGGAGCGUGAGCCGCCGACUUAUUUGGGUCUCCCGGCUAAUGCGGAGAAAUUGUUGCUUGUUGGUCAUGGUCGGAAGAUGAUUUCGGAUCUCUCGCGUGUUACGACGCUGCUUGAUGAAGGGGAGCAGUUGAUGGUUGAUGCUUGA